CCCUCAUGAGCAGCAUCUCUUCACCUGAUGUUGUUUUGCACUCUGGGAAUCAGGAUCCACACGCUCCGUAUACACGCCGCAUUUUACGCAUCAAGCAGGAUUCCCUUUGUUCCGGUUAAAUCUCUCCAUGAAGCCUUUUUGGAAAAUGCUGAAAAUUCGUCGCUCUUUCCUGGUUUUUGUGAGUUUCAUCAAACUGUCUCCUUUUCCUCGCACCGUCUUCGUCUUCACCCUGGUGGUUGUUUUUCCCUUUGGGUUUGAGUGACUUUGGAAAUGCGGACUUCCUCCCUCCCUGCCCUGGACUUGUGUCAAUCUCUCCCGCCGCAUCUCGCGGCUUUGACGCUCACUCACUGUCACCUGCACGGCGCCCGACGCAACUCAUUAACCGGUCAGCUGCUUCUUCUGCCCUGCGGGAAGUUGUUUGUUCUGUUUAUUCGUUCGUUGCACUAAACGAAACAUCCAUAAGUGAGAUUUUUUUAUUGUUUUUCUUCCAAAACGUUCAGAAAACAAUAUAUUUCAGGAUAGUCAGUUUCUCUGAUGAAAACCUACAAUGUGAUUGAUGCGCCUUAAGAGCCCAGCUGAAUGUUCUGCUGAUGCUUUAGAUGUUUCCUGUUUUAUUCUGGGUAAUAUUGCGCAGAAAUCAGGGUUUUACGCACGGAAAUUCGCUUUUACGCACGCACCAUCGCUGCGCAAUGGGUGCCCAGACGGAGAUGGGAGGAGAAAAGCGCAUCUCCGGAGGGCAUGAGGAGUGUCAGACUCAAGGUGACUUCAGCAGCCAGGGGCAGCCGCGGCCCCGCCAAUAGUUGCGGCUCCAGCAUGCCCCCCUCCUGGCACAAUGACUCCGAGUGCCUCCUUCCAAACUGCAGCUGGGAGGAGACCAGCAACGGCACCCGGGACCUGGAGUUUCCUCUGCCGCCACUCAAUUACUACUCCAUCCCUCUUCUUGCGGCCAUCACCGCCGCGUGCACGCUCCUGUUUCUGGUCGGAGUGACCGGAAACGUCAUGACUAUCCUGGUGGUCGGCAGGUACAGGGACAUGCGAACUACCACCAACUUGUACCUGUGCAGCAUGGCUGUUUCCGACCUGCUCAUUUUCCUCUGCAUGCCUCUGGACCUGUACCGCAUGUGGAGGUACCGGCCGUGGCGCCUCGGGGACGCGCUCUGCAAACUCUUCCAGUUUGUGUCGGAGUCGUGCACGUACUCGACCAUACUGAGCAUCACUGCCCUGUCGGUGGAGCGCUACCUGGCCAUCUGUUUCCCGCUGCGCGCAAAGGCUCUGGUCACCAAACGGCGUGUGCGCGCUCUGAUUUUCUUCCUCUGGACAGUGUCUCUUCUGAGCGCCGGGCCCGUGUUCGUCAUGGUGGGAGUGGAGAGGGACAUCACGGAGCCUCCCAACUUCAGCUCGUGGAUCAACGGGACGGGCUUGUUUUUGGACGUUGGGGACACGCGGGAGUGCAGGAUGACGCACUACGCCGUGGAGUCCGGCCUGAUGGAGGCCAUGGUGUGGCUGAGCUCGGUGUUCUUCUUCAUGCCAGUGUUCUGUCUAACGGUGCUCUACAGCCUGAUAGGCCGCCGGCUGUGGCAGAGGCACAGAGAGACCAGCGUGAGCUCCCGAGUGGCUCACAGGGACAAAAGCAACAGACAAACCAUCAAGAUGCUGGUGGUGGUGGUUCUGGCCUUCGUCCUCUGCUGGUUACCGUUCCACGUGGGUCGGUACCUGCAGUUCCGCUCCCUCGACGCGCCUUCCCCACUACUGUCCGUGCUGUCCGAGUACUGCAGCUUGGUGUCCGUAGUUCUCUUCUACCUGAGCGCUGCAAUAAACCCGGUCCUCUACAACACCAUGUCCUGGAAGUACCGGGGCGCAGCGGCGCGCCUCUUUGGCCUCGCCGACAGCCAUCCGGCACGGGGCCGCACCGCCAGCACCGUGAAGGGAGACAGCUCCAUCGGAUGGACAGAAUCCACAAUCAGCCUGUGAGCUGGAGGUUCAAGUAUUCCGUUUUCUCAUGUUCAGAAAAAGUCACCAGAAAGCCAUAAAGUCCACCAGAGACCGUCUGCAAAGAGGGAAGAGAAAAAAAAGCCAAAACUAUAGAAUAAAAACUGCAGUUCCAAGUGUUUUUUUUUUCCACAAGUGCCAUGGAUCCAUGCAAGACAAUGAGUGGAUGGGCACUCACACCUCAAGUGCUCAAGAUGAACGCUUGUUCAUGCAUGCGCAUACACGCUCCUGAACAAAUCAGACUUUGACAAAUGCCUUAUUUUGCUUCCAUAAUCCAAAUAUCAAGAAUAGCACUACAGACUGAGGAGCAUGAAACACAUUCUGAACGUAGUGUGCUAAAGCUGCUGCACAUUAAGAUUUACACAAGAUGGACAGGAGCUGCUGGGUUUUCUUAGAGAUUUGGGAAAAACGUUUGCAGAAUAAACCCAUGAAGCAUCAAUACGACAAUAUGGAUACUAUUAUUACUUUUAAUGUAAUGUAAAAGUUAACCCUUUAAUACUGGAGCUCCAGUGUUAAUGUUAUUUGAUUUACUGAGAUUUUUUUUAAUUGUGAACAUAAUCAACAUAAAGAAAAGUAGCAUUCU